AUGCAGCAGGAAAACGACGAAGCAGAAGCAGCAGCAGCAGCAGAAGCAGGAGAUAGUGAAACUCCUGCAGCAGCACCAGCAGCAGCAGCAGCACCUGCUGCUGCUGCUGCUGCUGCUGCUGCUGCUUGCCCUGUCUUUGUCUCCUGGAUUCCUACGCUGCUCAGCUGGCUGCUGCAGCAGGCGCCCCCGGGUAGUCUUUCUGCUGCUGCUGCUGCUGCUGCACUGCCUGUGCUUGCUGCUGCUGCUCGGGAGCCACACACAGCAGCAGCAGCAGCAGCAGCAACUACAACUGAUCCUGCUGCUGCUGCAGCUGCUGCUGCUGCAGCAGCAGAAGCAGCAGCAAACAGACGCAAAGCCAUUGCUGCUGCUGUAACAAAGACACUGAGGCAGCCGCUGCAGCUGCGCAGCAACUCCUCUCGUCUGUAG